AUGACAAUGGUCAACGCCGUCGACGAAACCUCCCUCGCCACAUCGCCUCUCGAGCGCCGCAAUUCCCUGGAGAAGCAUCUCCUGAACCGUCCUGAUCCCCAGGAUCUCAAAGAGAGACACAUCCUCCUCGACACCAAUGUUGCUCCAUCCAUCCAAGCAGCGAGACAGGAACUAGACCGUCAGCGCACAACCGACAGUCUGAAGAAACAUCUCGAGCACAGACCGGAGCGCGAGGAACUGGUUGAGCGCAAUAUCCUCCCGCAUAUCAACGCAGCCCCGGCGCUUCAGGCCCACGCCCGCGAAUUAGAGAAACAUAUGUUGGCUGAUCAUCUCGACCAGAAGAUUCAGAGCCGGCCGCAGCCGGAGGAUCUUAUGGCUCAGGGGAUCUUGACGGAGGAUGAGGAUCCGAGGGAGCCAACUUUCUGA